CAUUGUCGUCUGCAACAACUAGCUAGCACGUGAAAACAGGUUUGACAAUUUCCAACAAUUGGCGAUAAAAGACUAAAGAUAAAUAGAAGUUUAAGUUGUCUCUGGAUGCAUUGUCAUCGGUUUUGUCAUCAAACAGUUUGGAGAGAGAAGUUCACUGUGCAAGCCGCUGGGCGGCUGGGGAGACACAAGUAACAAGUUCACAACCCAAAAUUCCAAACGAACCGCUUCAAAAUGGCGGCAAGAUUAUUCAGUGGAGGUUUCGCCACUGGUGCAGCGACAUCUUUUGCAUUGUACAGUAUUUUUGCUUAUGUUGUUAAACCUGAGCCUGAGUAUAAGAAAGAAGGGGCACCACAGAAGCUCAAAGACGUCAAACUCAAAGACCUUUUGAAGUAUGGAGUGCCCGACAAAGGCCCUGAUGUCCGCUACUAUAGCAACCAUGCCUUAUCCUACGACCAGGCCAAGAAGAUCCCACUUUGGGUUGCUGAGCAUCUCACACAAAACGAGCUGAAAGGACCGGCUAAUCGUAAGCACAGUAACUUCAAAAUGGACCCAAACAUUAUCUCAAUGUUUUCAUCUCACAAUAGUGAUUACUUAAGAAGCGGCUGGUCUAGAGGACAUAUGGCACCAGCUGGCGAUAACAAGCACAGCCAGGCUGCCAUGGAUGAAUCUUUCUACUUGUCCAACAUUGUGCCCCAAGAUUUGGACAAUAACAGGGACUUCUGGAACCGUCUUGAGAUCUACUGCAGAGAUCUCACCAAGACGUACAAGGAUGUCUGGGUCCUUUCUGGUCCUCUCAUCUUGCCAAACGUUGAGGAGGAUGGAAAGAAAUAUGUCAAAUACCAGGUUAUCGGGAAAAACAACGUAGCUGUGCCAACCCAUCUGUACAAACUAAUCACCAUCGCUGUCCCACCAGAUGAGAAUAAUAAUCAAGAAAACGCUGAGACUCUAGCUGUGGGUGCUUUCAUCGUCCCAAACAAACCAAUCCACUCCAAUCGCCGCCUCCAAGACUUCCAAGUUCCCGUCAAAAACCUCAGCGAGUCUUCAGGACUCGGGUUCUUUUCAGAACUUGGAUCUGACGCCAAAUUUCAGAAUCUCUGCGACGUUGACUCGUGCAACUUGAUGUCCCAGGAGAAGAUGGAGCUUUAUUUUAUCGGACGGCGUCUUGAGAAUGCGACGACGAUACACAGGCUGGAGGAGAGCUGGAAGGAGCUGGGAAAGAGGAAACUGAAGCCUGACGAGUAUCUGAAAGAAGCGUACAAGAGGAAACGGACUGAAAUAGAGGAGAAGGAUAAACAAAAGGAAGCACAUUCAGAGCUGUGAUCAAGCUCAGGAUUUCUUCCCUGUUCUUUUUCAGGGUUUUAAUAGGACUGUUAUAAUUUAGUGGUUCAUGUAUAUAGGGCCUACCAUACCAUGCUGACUAUGGGAACUAGAGAGCACCCCUCAAUUCCUCAAUGUUCUAAUACUGUCAAACUAUUUUCCUUUUGUACAGGAGUACAACCCUACAAUCCUCUAAAAAACAAAUCCUGAGAUCCCAAGCACAUGUGAUAAACACACAAUACAGGAGAGGUUGGGGGACACACCAGUCCCCCCAUAUCGAGGACAAUUUUAGAGCUGUGAUCAAGCUGUGAUCUUCCCUAGUAUUUUUUAGUGGUAAGCCUACACCAUGCCCUCCAUCAUGGGGACAGAAGGUGUCCCAGGGAAUUCUUUCUGCUGAACUAUUUUGUCCCCAUAUGGGAAAUUAACAUUGGCUGAAGGAGGAGGAUUAAAAAAGAAACAGAGGAAGCUUGUACACAGUUUGCCUAAUGGGGGACAGAAUCUCCUGCCAAAAGGGCACCCCUCCGAGUCCUGUACAGUAACACACUAUUUUUCUCUCAUACUACAGAGGCCUAAAUCCUCUAAAAUAAAACAUUCCUGAGAUUCUGAGCACAUGUGAUGUAAAGACACA